AUGGAAUCUAAAACUGCAAUGUGUAAAUUAAAAUCUAAUAAACUUAUAUCUAUUAUUAAUGCUUAUGAAGUUAUUAAUUCAUCUUUAGAUCUAAGCAUAACUAUUCAGAAUAUAACAAAGUCAUGUGAGAAAUUACUAAACUGCAGAAAAUGCAAUAUAUAUAUAUAUGAUCACAAAAAUGAUGUUUUUUAUUUUAGUUAUGAUACAAGAAAUUGUAUUAAGUCAUCUACAGGUAUGUUACAUAAAAUUCUUACAACUAAAAUAAGUGAACAAAUUGAGACUACUCAAAAUAUUAUACAUGAUGGUAUAUUAAAUUUAAGGGUUAUGAAAAGUAUUCUUUAUGUACCUAUACUAGAAAAUAAUAAUAAUUAUGAUGGGACUCUUUUUGGUAUUAUUGAGGCAAUUGAUAAACAAUUUAUAGAUUGUGAUGUAGUUCUUGAUAAUAAAAUAAAUAUAUCAAGUGACUUAAUAUUAUUUGGUGAAGAUGAUGAGAUAAUUCUUCAAUAUAUAUCGAGGAUAUCUUUAAGUUGUAUUAAAAAUUGUGAAGUAUACAAAGAAAUCUUAAGUACUAAAGAACGUGCUGAUAAUCUGCUUACACUAAUACAAUCAUUACGUCAAGAUUUAGGAUUACAAUCUAAUUUAUUUACACUAUGUAUCCAUGCACAGGAAAUUAUUGAAUCUGAACAUUGUAUUGCAUUAAUUGGUAUUCCAGAUAGACAACAAAUAAUAUCUCUUGUUUCUGAUACUGGGAGUGAUAUUGUAUAUAAUUAUGAUAAUAAUGAUAUUAUAUAUCAAAUAAUUGAAUCAAAACAUCCCUUAAUUAUUCAAUUGACAAAUAUUGAAAAUGAAUCUUCAUCUAUAUCUUGCUAUGAAAAUAUAUUUGUGGAUUUGUUAACAUACCAUCAAAGUACAACUCAAUGUAAAAUUGGAAUAGAACGGGUUUCAAAAUGUCAAGAUGAAGAUAUUUUAAGAUUAUUACAGAGAAUUAAUGAUAAUAAACCAAUAUAUAAUGCUUUAAUAUUUCCAAUAUAUGCAGAAAAAGAUAAUUGGUCUUAUUUACCUGUACCAAGUCCAAGGGUAUCUUCAAUGUCAUCAUUAUCAUCAGCAUUAUCAUCUUUUGAAAUAUCACAUGAUAUUGAUGAUCAAUUAGCUAAUUCAAAUAAUAUAUUAGUUUCAAACUCUGUAAAUGGACUUCUGUCUUCACAUAUUUCAAAUACAAAUAUAUUUUUACCACCAUCACCUAUAAAAUCAGAUCGUAAUUAUCGUAAUACACUUGGUACAUCACCACGUUCAGCAUCAUUAUCUCCAUGUACACAACCGACUCUAAACUCAAAUCCCCAAGCAAUUGCAUUAAUUGUUCUUAUCAAUCGCAUUGGAACAUUUAAGGAGAAGAUAAGAUUUACAGAAAAUGAUAUUAGACUAUUAGAACCAUUUGGAAGAUUAGUUGCACCAAGUAUUGGUGCUAUUUUUCAAACUUCUCUAUUUUCAUAUUUACAGACAUUAUGUACUAGUGAUAAGAGCAAUAGUUUAAAUAAAUAUUUAGAGAAAAUGCCACAAGAUCCUCCACCAACAUUUAUUCAUUGCUAUAAUAAUUGGAAGAAUAGGCCAGCAGAUAUAAUCUUUGAAGAAUAA